GGUUCGGUGGCUGAGAGAGCAUUGGGUGCCCUGAGUCCAUGAUGGGCCAGUGUUCCGCAUGCAUCUAUCACAUGGGUCCAUGGAGGAUGUUGAGCCCGGAGGAAGACUUUGCACUGGGCCCAAUGGCCCCAGGUCAGCGUUCGUCAGCCAGGUGCCCAGUCUCUGGUGCACUGAAGAUCAGGCCCUUCCUGGCGCCCUGGUCUCCUGCAUUGAGCUGUGUGAGCUCUUCCACAUAGGAGGGCCCCCUGGCAUUGACUGGCAUAGGGUUCAGUGGCGGAGAGAGCAUCGGGUGCCCUGCGUCUGUGACGGGCCAGUAUUCCACAUGGAUCUCAUCACAUGGUCCAUGGAAGGCGAGCAUCCCUGAGCUGGCACACCCCACCUUCUGCCCGCAUGGAGGG